CUUGCUCACAUUUGAACUUUAAAGCGGUCUAUAUCUGUAAGCUGAUACAUAUAGAAAAAUGACCAACAGUACUGAAAGUUCUAGAGUUCUCAAAGAACCACGUCUUGUGGAGAGGAAGUUUUUGGCCAGACCACAACAUGAAGGAGCUGGGGCUAUCGUUAGAAGGAGCGUAGGAAGGUUUGAGUUGAAAUACUUUGAUCCUUUUCUUCUUCUGGAUGAAUUCUCUGUUACUGCUCCUGCUGGAUUUCCUGAUCAUCCCCAUAGAGGAUUUGAGACUGUGACCUAUAUGCUGCAGGGAUCUGUCACACAUGAAGAUUUUGAUGGACAUAAGGGGACCAUAGGAGUCGGUGACUUACAAUGGAUGACUGCAGGAAGAGGGAUUGUUCACUCAGAAAUGCCUGCUCCCCAGGGAACUCAAAAGGGGUUACAGUUGUGGAUCAACCUCUCCUCCAAGCAUAAAAUGAUUGAACCAAGGUAUCAAGAAAUACAGAGCAAAAACGUUUCAGAAGCUGUCAAAGAUGGAAUCAAAGUUAGAGUCAUAGCUGGAGAGGCCCUGGGAACUAAGUCACCAAUCUACACAAGGACCCCAACAAUGUACUUGGACUUCACUCUCAAACCAGGAGCUCAUCUUCAACAACCAAUACCAAUAUCAUGGAAUGCAUUUGUAUAUAUCUUAGAAGGCGAAGGCAUCUUUGACAGUCUAAAAUCUUUGCCUGCCUCGGCCCACCACCUUCUGCUUCUGGGCGAUGGGGAUGGCUUGGAGGCAUGGAACAAGUCCUCCAAACCCCUCAGGUUCAUCUUAGUUGGGGGUGAACCGUUGGGUGAGCCUGUGGUGCAGUUUGGACCCUUUGUAAUGAAUAACCAAGAAGAGAUUGACCAAACCAUAGAGGACUUUGAGAACUGCAUCAAUGGAUUUGAGAAAGCAAGGCAUUGGAAAUCAGAAAGCUCCCUUAGUCUUGAUAUAUAAAUUACCUCUCAUGUAUGUAUGUAUGUAUGUAUGUAUUUAUCUUACGAUUCAGUCAAGUUUUCCAACAUUUAUUAAUAUAAGGUGAUCAUUUUCUUUC